AUGGAGCAAGCGGUCCCCAGCGACCGAGCGAUGGGUGCCUCCCCGGACCCUGUCGAUCACACGGGGCUCUGCUUGCUGUCGCUUGAUGGUGGUGGAGUUCGGGGUCUAUCGAGUCUCCACAUUCUCAAGAGCCUCAUGUCGCAGCUCAACCGCCAACGUGAGGAGAAUGGGGCUGCGCCUCUCAAGCCAUGUCAAUUGUUCGAUCUCAUAGGAGGGACAAGCACGGGAGGCCUGAUUGCAAUCAUGCUUGGCCGGCUCGAGAUGGACGUGGACGAGUGCAUCAACGCCUACAAUCGACUGAUCAAGGCUGUAUUCAAAGAGAAAGCGCACCGGAUACCCUUUAGAUUCUCAGGACGCAUCCAAUCGCAAUUCGACAGUGCCAAACUGAAGGCGGCCAUCGAGGAGGUCAUCACUAGUCGAGGUUACUCUCCAACAGAACCGUUCAAUGAUAGGAAACCUCGCGGGUGUAAAGUCUUUGUAUGUACGGUGACGAAAGACCUGUACGGCAUCACACACCUACGAAGUUACGACCUUCCUCAGAAACCUAGUGUGCCUGCUACUAUCAGUGAAGCCGCCCUCGCCACGGCAGCGGCCACUGGCUUCUUUGUUCCCGUCUCGAUCGGAGCUCGACAAUUUGUAGAUGGUGCGCUGGGAGUGAACAAUCCAGUGGAAGAGGUGGAAGCAGAAGCAUCAGACAUUUGGUGUGCUGAUACAGGAGAUGUGAAACCGCUGGUCAAGUGCUUCGUCUCGAUUGGGACGGGCAAUCCUGGCAAGAAGGCAGUGGAAGACAAGCUGUUGAAGUUCUUGUCAAAAACCUUGGUCCAGAUCACGACUGAAACAGAAGAGACGGCUAAACGGUUUGUCGCGAGGUGGAGACAGCAUUACGACCACGGUCGUUACUUCCGUCUUAACGUCGAACAGGGCCUCCAGGACGUUGGCUUGGCCGAAUAUAAGGAACAAGGCCGCAUCGAGACAGCCACUCAUCACUAUCUCGACGACCAGCAGCAGAUCUUUCGGGUAGGAAAGAUAGUGGGAAAUUUGGAGCUGAAGCAGAGAAGCGCCGAGGUUUCCUUGGUCCGUGAAAUUCAAGAAUACAACAUUGAUCGUAUUCGCAAUGAGUUGAGUAUGGAGACAGCCCUGUAUCCGGGACAGAUGAUUGAUCCUUGCUCACACUCACAUUCAGAUCCAGAUCGCGCAAUCCUUCCCUGCCAUUACAUUCCCUUGCCCCGGAACGAACGCUUCGUGGGGCGGGAAAAAGUGGUGGCAGCGCUUCGCCAGCAAUUGUUCACAUCAGAAGCGGGCCGGAAAGUCUCUCUUGUUGGACUUGGGGGCGUAGGGAAGACGCAGGUGGCUUUCCAAAUUGCAUACUGGACUAAAGAACACAAGACAGACCAUUCCGUGUUCUGGGUGUCGGCAAUGAGCGAUGCAAGCUUUGAACAAGGCUAUACCGAAAUAUCGAAGAAGCUCGCAAUCCGAAAGAAGUCCGACGACGAGGAUCUCCGGGAGUCCGUACGCCGGUCGCUUGAGUCCGUUGAAAGUGGUAAGUGGCUUCUGGUGGUCGACAACGCGGACGAUAUGGAGGUCUUGUUUGGGUCUUCCGAAAAUCGCAAUGGUGUUUCCGAUUACUUACCAGAGCGGGAUGAUGGCCUGAUCUUGUUCACGACCCGCUCAAUGGAGGUUGCCCUCAAUGUGGGAGGUGAGAUAGCUGAUCUACCAGAGAUGAGCCCAGACGAGGCGAAGGGUCUGCUAGAGAAGUCGUUGAUUCAGAAUCACAUCCUUAGCGACUCCGAGGAAGUGUCAGCUUUGCUCCAAGAGCUCACCUACCUCCCAUUGGCCAUCACACAGGCCGCAGCAUACAUGAACCGGAACCAAGUGUCAAUUGCCAGAUACUUGGAACUUCUCCAUGGGACCGAACAGGACCUGGUGGGAUUAAUGAGUCGAGAGUUUCGCGAUCCGACUCGGGACCAACAGUCACGACAUGCGGUGGCCACCACAUGGCUGGUGUCAUUCAACCAAAUCCAAAAAUCAGACCCCGAUGCUGCCAACCUGUUGUCCUUUAUAUCGUGCAUCGAACCGAAAUCCAUUCCAAAAUCGCUCCUGCCUCCACUGCCAACGGAUGAGGCGAUGGUCCACGCAAUAGGAACCCUCAACGUCUACUCGUUCCUGGUGCGGCGCGGGGACGGCGACACAUUCGACAUGCACAGUCUAGUCCACCUGGCCACGAGAAUCUGGGUGGCUAGGAACGGGCCUGACGGACGGGCGGAGGCAGAAGCUAUCCAGCACGUGUCCCAAGUAUUUCCUUCGGAUGAGUGGAAACAGAACAGUGGACAUAAGCAAGAGAUACAAGCUCGGCGACAAGGUCGGGCGAUGCUUGCGGGUGGAUGGUCGGAUCCGGGAAGCGGUGAAGUACCUUGA